UUGAGCUUAGUUUGUUAUUCUAUAUGUUAUAUUAUUAGAUCAUGUUUCCUUCCUUAAACAAAAAAAAGAGUAUAACCACGAAUUGCUAGAUAUUUUUUUUUUAAAAAGAAAAUAAAUAAAAAUAAAAAAAAAAUAACCCUACUGAUGUGCUGAUUAGGCAGCUAAUUAGCCAAAACAAAAACAUCACACAAAUCCCAAAAUUGAUUAGGCGCUAAAUUCCCUUUCAUUAGCUGCCAACUUAUUAAAAAAAUUAGCUAAACCACAAAAUUCCCUCAAAAAUUAGAAUCUUUCCCGAAAAAAAGAAAAGAAAAGAAAUCAAAAAUCUUUUGCAGAAGAAUCAAAACCGUUCGAACUAUCCCUAAUUCGAAGAGUCGACUGACGCUCGCAAGAUCAAUUCUUGGACAAAAUUUCAAGGGAAAAGUGGACCCGGAAAUAACAUUGAUGUGUAUUUGCAACCAUUAAUCGAGGAGUUAAAAGAAUUGUGGGAAACUGGAGCUCAGACUUAUGAUGCUUCAAGGAAUGAGUACUUUCAAAUGCGUGCUUCAUUGUUAUGGACCAUAAAUGAUUUUCCUGCGUAUGCAAACUUAUCUGGGUGGUCUACCAAAGGCUAUAAAGCAUGUCCUCAUUGUAUGAAAGAAACUAGCUCUGCUCGGCUACCAAAUCAGGGGAAAUGUUGUUACAUGGACAAUCGUCAAUUUCUACCUACCGAUCAUAAAUGGAGAGAUAAUAAAUCCUUUAACGGGAAAGUAGAAAAAAGAGGUCCUCCUAGGAAAUUAUCUUCCAAUGAGAUUUUAGAACAACUAAAGGACCUUGAAGACAUGAAAUUUGGUAAAACAAUGAAAUUGCCAAAGAGGGAUGAUAAUUGGAAGAAGAAAAGCACUAAAAGCUUCGGUCGCACUAGACAAGAAAUUAAGAAGAAUGGCGGGAAGUGUUCUCGAGUUGAUGUAUUGGUUGCAACUCGUACAAGAAAAUCUGAGAAGGCUGUGAAUGCAAUCAAUUUGGCAAAUAACACUCAUGCAGUAGAUGAGAUAAACAAAUUAAAGGAACAAAGAGAGCAAGGUCUUAAUGAGAAAACAGAUGAGAAAAUUAUUCAGGAUGUGCUUGGCAAAGAUACACAUGGGUAUUUGAAAGCUCAUGGACCUGGUAGAAGUAUAACGCAACAUUUUAAAGUAAAGCCCUCUCGAAUUGAUCUUACUCAAGAGGUGAAUGAAGUUAUAAAGAAAGCAGAUCAAGCAAUUGAAGAUGCAAGAAAAGAAGUUGAAACUGCUAGAACAGAAGCAGAACAGGCUAAAAUAGAAGCUGAACAAGCCAAAAAGAGGCGGAAGUUGUUAAGAAUGACGUGGACAGAAAAAUUGCUGAUAAUAAUGCAGUUUGGGAGAAGAAGUUUAGUCAACUUCUGGAUUUUCUUGGAGCAGGAAGUUCAUCAGAUUCUGAUGAUUUAGGAAGUCAAGGUUCAAAGGAAUGAAGUAACAAGGAGCGGAGCACAGACAUAUUGUCACAUUGUACAUAUAUAUAGAGUAUAUAUUGUUCUUCAGAAAAACGAUUUGAGUGUUUUAUUUUUUAUUUAUUUUAGUAAGAGUGAGCUAGUGAUGAGACAAUGAGACAAUUGAUUUCUAGUAUGUUUGUAUGUAUGGAUAUCGAAUUCAAGUAUGUUUGAAUGAAUGGGAUUCCAAGACAUAAUAUCACCUUUUUAAUGUUAUAUAUCGAUUUCAAGAAUGACAAAUAUGACAUAUUUGAGAAAAA